GACUUCAGCGCCCUCUACCUGCGCAAGAUCGCCACAGAAUUCGCAGAUGAUCUCGAUAAAGUACGCGAAGCACCUGAUUUCAAAGCGAGUAGCGUGCCGAUGCUUAUUCAUGCGUUGAAGCAAGGGGAGACGUUGUUUAGUGGGGAGGAGAGGAGGAGGGUUGUUGGUGCUGCUAGUAAA